AUGUACCUGAGUAAGGAAAAGAAGGAACACGAGGAGGAGGGGAAACGGGGCGUGGGUGCAAAGAACCCAUCAACUCAAAGGAAUAGAAAGUAUGGAAGAAAUACAAAACAUCCCGCAUCAUUAUAUAACAACAGAUAUAUUAACAAAUUUCAUAAACGAAAUAAUGACAUUCGGACAAAAAGAGGGAACCACGGGAUGAUGAGUUUUGGAAAUUUGUCUCUAAAUAGUACCCAUCAAUAUAUGAAGGCAGAAAAUAUAAAAGCGAAUCAAGUAUAUUUUAACAAAACAACCAUCGCUAGAAGUAGCAAGGAAAACACAAGAACGACAGUUUACAAAAAAAAUUACUUUGCACAAGAUAACAUUAAUUAUAACACCUUCAUAAAUUCACAAACGCCUGUCUGUUCAUUUCAUAUAGAAAAAACAGAAGAGGAUAUAAACAACCAAAACAAAUUUAACGAGACUGUUUACCGAACUAACGACAAAAAUACCAACACCGAAAUAACCAACUCUCUCUUCCCUUCGUUUGUUGAGGAAGUCAAUUUUACAAAUAAUCUUGUUAACUUAUCUGCCAUUCUUAUCCUUUCCAGUAACGAUAAGAUUUUUAACAACCUAGAGUUUGAGGGGAAGACUACUCCUUCUCCUAAUGAAUGCAAUUUGUGCAUCUACGUAAAUGUAAUAAAUAAGAACACCCCUCAGUGCUAUAAGCAGCUUUAUCCUGUGUCUUAUAAUUUUAAAAAUCGACUUUUGUUUGCUACAUCAAGUAGCUCAUCUGUUGUCGAUUCAUCUCUCCUGGUGGAUAAAAUUAUCAUCAAGGGAAAUUUUAAGACUCUCUCUCUCAUCGUUUUGGGCCAACCGGAGGAGAUAACCGACGCGUUGAUAUCCUACCGAGAAAACCUGCUCGACGAUAAUCUGAGGAGCAAGAUAGGCCAAGACACACUAGACGUUGAAAACAUAGACUUGGAGAAGGACGACUUGUAUGUUCCCAAAAGACCCGUCGAUAUCAGGACAUAUAACAUCAACACGCUCAUUGAUGAGAAGCUCAUUUCCAAGAAGCCCAGUGAAGGAAAUUAUUUCGACAAAAUUGACUGGCCCCUUGGGGGUACGCAGGAGGAGAGCAGCGGAUCCAGUAAACUCGGCCCAUUUGAUCAAAUUAGCCAAACGGCAGAAUCGAAACAACUGGUUCAAUUGAAGCACCUCUGUGACCUCCUGGAGGAACAGUUCCUAAAAAAUAAUGCGGACCAGCUUGGAAAGGAAAAUUCUGAAGAUGUCGCAAAAGGAGAAGAAAAUGAAGCCGAGCAUAAUAACACCCUCGAAGGAAAGCAGACAAAUGGCGAAAACAUCGAAGAAUCAGAAACAAAACAUUCACACGAACAUAGCAAUGAUUUCAUUGACAUGAGUGAGGAAAGUGAAACAACUUCCACCAAAAAUGAUAGCAUGCCGUGCUUCAUCCCACCGGACAAUGAACUGAUAAUAAAGAUACUAAACGAGUUUACUGAAAUGUAUAAAAUACGAAAACACAUUUCCAAGGACAAUUCCACAACGUAUAGGAAAAUUAUUAAAUAUGGAAUGAUGUGGAUUUUCUACAUUUUCAAUCAAAUAAAAAAAGAUCAACACAACUUUCUUUUGAACUAUGCAAAAUACACAGAAAUAAAGACUCACGACAUAUUAGGGUGUUUAUUAUUACUUAGGAGAUGUGCACUUUAUUCAGAACUAGCAAAAGAUCUAAUACAUAUGAAUUUCAAUUCCCACAUUAUUUAUAUGGACCCACAAUGUCCCCAUGUCUUGAUAAAUUUAGUCGAUAUGCUCAGUGUUAAUAACGUUUACUUCUUUUCUUCUUGGAAAAUUAAGACAUCGAUUUUGAAAUCGCUCAUCGCCUUGAUAUCAGAUGCCUACGUCAUGAGUCACUUUUGCAGUUAUAUGGACGAGGAUGGGGAAACGCCAUACCAGAAACUGCUCAAGGUGUCCUCAAGCAACAAAAUGAAGAGGUACAAUGUGAAAAGGCUUCUCGGAAUCAUCCUCUGUAGAGUGAAGCUCUACCAACACAUCAACAGUUUCGAAAGGAGCGUGAUGGACAUCGUCGUGAACAGGAAGAAGUACGGGAAGAAUCUAUUCAACGAAACCGUUACGACCAAGCUCAUCUGCGAGUUGAAGAAUGUACACAAAGAAUUAUUUCAACACAGCUGUAGACCAGAGAGUAAAAACAGUUGCUACGAUGAACCGUAUGAGGAGGAAAUUUUUAUUUUAGAUGAAAAAAAAAGAAAAAGAAAAAAUUAUUACCUCCACAAAUUACAUCAUUAUGUCAUUUCAUAUUUAAAACGAAAUAAAUUUUUUAUUCUUUUUCUAUACAUUUUAAAAGAAUUUGAAAUAUAUUUAAAAAUCUCCCUAUUUUUAAAUUCGUAUGACAUUGCUUUUGUGACGGCUGUGAACGACUUUUUGUUUUAUUUCCUGAACUGUUCAGGUGGAAUUAAUUUCCUACUAAAUUACAAUUUCGCUAUUUUCGAGAAAUUGUACAAAAGCAUAUGUCUACUUAUAAAUAAAAAAAUGAAAGAUCUCAAUGGAAAGGUAAAUCACUUGAUGACAGGCCAAGCGGAUGGCUCAGCCACUGACCAAAUGAUAAAUUCUACAAGAAACAAAGGCGCAGACAACAACAACACUACUGAGCUUUCAAAUAUUGGGGCCAAAAUUCAACUCUUUAAAACAAAGCCAAAUGAAGUUAUAUCAAAUUCAUAUGACAACACAAGUGAACCCAAGGAUAGUAGGACGGACAAAGCCACUGAAAAUGAUCCAUCAUUGCAUGAAUUUCAGGACCCGUAUGGAGAACGUGGUCUUGUCAGUGGGAUCAAACCCCUUGCGGAAGGGGAAGACACAACUGACCAAGGGGAUGUUAUCCCCAGGGACAACAUUGAAAGCGCAUGCACCGCAGGAGGAGCAGCAGGAGGGAACCUUUCCUCAGAUAAUUGUCCUCAUGAAAGGGAUAAUCUAAAUGCAAGCGCGCAAAAUUUGAAGCAGAAUUUUUUAUUCAACGAAAAGAACUUCUUCUACGACAACUCCAAGUGCAUGUACACCUACAACGAUGUCCUUAGGAAUAAAAAUAUUUCAGAUGAUCAGUAUUUGGAUGGGUAUAAUUACAAAGACAUGAAAAAUAUCAGAAAUUACUGCUCAUACAUAUUAUGCGCCUUGAAGACCUUUUUCAAGACGAACCUCCUAAUUGAACUUUUCUUCAAUUCUGGAGGUAACAUAUCUUUGGAGCAUUUAAAAAUUUUUAACGUUUUAAGUUCCUAUCCCCUCCCCAAAUUGGCUCUCUUCAACAACGACAAUUUUUAUUACUUCUUCCUUCAUCUCAUUCAUUUGUUAUAUUACUUUAUCUAUAUGGAAAAGCUGUACGAAGAAGGAGUUUCCAGUGAGGAUCGAGGAACUAGCAGGUCCAAUGGUACCAAUCAGGGCCAAGAAGACGAAGGAAGAGAUAUUCUUGAUAAGGGGAAUGAACGUAAACUAAAGGGGGCACAAUCAUCCCCAGUAGACACAUUAACAGAUAUGGAUAAAACAAACUUACUGAGCAAUCGUCAUAUGAAUAGCAACACCAAUGAGUGCAUUCUAGUCACUAUAAGAUAUCUCGUCGGAAUUAUUUACAACCUAAUUUUUUAUGACGACUCUGGGCAUUAUGUGUACCAUCUGGGGUACUCCAUAUAUGUGUGUCUGGAAGAAAUGAAAAACAUUACUGGGGAGGUGAAAAUGAACAAAGACUACUCCUUUGGUAAUCUGAAUAAUAUUUUUCCAAAACGAAUUUUACUAAAAAAUUACUUAAGUAAUGACAAGUUGUUUUAUAAUAACUACUUCUAUCUCUAUGACAACCUAAAGGGAUUGUACUCCGAGCUCUAUCGCUAUGAGAAGAAGAAAUUCAACGAAAUGUCGGCGGAGAGGAAGAAGGAGCUCUACGAAGAUAGGCUCGUCAACGUGCUCAGUAAGGCCACUAAGACGGAAGUAGCGAAUCCAGCCAAUACUGCGCAGGAGGUGGACUCGAAGUCUCCUAUGCAAAGUUUGGUUGAUCAAAUAAAAGAGCGUAUAAAGAAGAAGGAAAAAAUGUACUUGGACUUACCCCCCCUAAAGUCGAUUUACACGCCAAAUGUCACAAAAAUAAUUGAAAACUGCAAAGUAGAAAAGGAUAGCAAGUACAUACUGAAGAAAUCAAAGGAGUUAAACAAUUACAAUUGCAAGUUAAACAACGACAUUUAUAUAAAUAACUCCUCGAAGAACUGCUCUCGCUUGGGUAGUGGUAGCAGCACAAAUAACCAAUACGUAGAAUUGUUAGAAGAACUUGAUGAUACGCCCACAGAGAGUUACCCCCCCAAUAGAAAAAUCGACACCACAACGUAUCCUUUUUUACCGCUGAACCUUCUCUACUACUACAUGAAUUUGUGUCCAAAUGUAAACUUCUUUUCUAAGUUGUACGAUGAAAAUGGGCCUAUGGAAAAGGGCGUACUAGACGUGGAAGAAGAUGAGAAGUACAUGUUACAAGAAGAGGGCGAUUUCUUCUACCUCAACAGACAAGGUGUUCUUCAUAGCGACCAAGUGCACCACAGUAAUUAUAUAUUCGUAAGAAAUGACAAAAUUGAUGAAACCAACAAGCCCAUAAGGGGCGACAACGGCAAGGAGAGGAAAAAACAUAACCACAGAAGUGGUCCCUACAGUGGUGACAAUAGUAACCUUCUCAGUGGUGAGAAACAGCCGGAAGAGGAAACCCUGCUUACCAACGCCAAUUACGUAAGCAAACACGAACAUGGGGAUUUUAAAAACAUAGGGACGAUACUCUACCUGGAAAAUAACCUCGAGUUUAUAAUAAAGUUGAUAACGAAGUGUAUCUUCUACCUAAAUGGAAACACAUUCAAACUAGCUCUGCUCAAUUUUAACAAAAUGAGCGGAAGAGUACUUUACAAAAUAUUAAAAAAUCGAAGGAAAACUCUCUUUCUAGUAAAGUCAAUCCUAAACAUUCUUUUAAAUUUUUUCUAUAACUUAACAAGUAAUGCUAAUUCUAUUUCUUUAAGGUCUUAUAGAAAUAGCGAGUUGCUUUACUCUCUUCUUUUUCUGUUGAACAAGUUGCUAAGCUUUACCGAUUGGUUAGGAUCCAACAACACAUCGGAGUGCAAUCAUCAUUCGUCUGUUUUCCUCCUAAGAUAUAACAUCAUUUACUUGCUUCGCAUUUUUUACCUAUGGUUUAAUAAAACAAGUGAUAACCAGUCUUUCCUCUUUCGCUGUGUUCUGAAGUAUACAAGAAUUCUCCCUUCCUUUAGUACAUCUGGCAUGCUCCUCAUUCUAACCUUUUUCGAUUUAAAAAAUAUUUUCCCAGAUUAUAUUUACUCAUUUUUCCUUGCAAAGAAUUUGAAGGGCAUUUGCUACGACGCAGAGACGCAUAGUGCUUCUUUGGAGGAGCAGAGUCAAAUGCAACACAAGGGAGAUCCCCAAGAGGACGACAUACAAAUGGAAGAUUCGGAGUGGGAGGAAGUAACCGAGGGGGGAGAAUCGGAGCAGGGAGAGUUCGAAGAUGACGUCGUGGGAGAAGAAGGCCCCGCAGGAAAGAGAAAACAAACGAAAAGUAAAGGAACUGCAAAUCGGGCUACCGGUAGAAAGGGAAAGAAAAACAAAAAUGACGAACAUGGUAAGGAGGUGCCCAGCCAACUUGAUGAGGAACCAAACCCAGAAGAUAACGAACCAAAUGGUAAUAGACCCAAUGGAGAGGUGCAUGAUCAUGUAGAGAGUGAUCAUAAAUCCCACUCGGAAAGUCUACAACCAAGCGGAUGCCCUCAAUCAGGGGGAGAUAAAAACCAGGACGCAUUCCCAAAUCAUGGAGAAAAUUGCAUCUCUCCGUAUGACAAAUUGGAGGUGUUAAAGAAAAACCGAAAAGCGUUCGAUCGUUACGCGCUUGAGUUGGAUCGCCCCUGUGAUACGUUCUUGAGCGAUGUGGAGGAAGAUAGUAAGAAGGAGGAACAGGAUGAAGUUGCCAACCCGCACGGAGAACAUAAUCAUCGCAAUGACAAUGCAGAACCCCUCCUUGAGGAUAGCCUAACCAGAGUUAGACCAACAGGUGAGACAGCCCAUCGUGAAGAAUUCAACACGGAAGGAAAUGAAACUACAAAUGAGAAUCCCCACACAAAAUUAAGCGAAGAAUUGUACAGUGAACCUAUGGGUGAUUCAAACGCCCAAAACAACCAACAAGGAGGAACCUUAGAAAGGGUUGUUAUGUAUUGCAAACUGGAUGACACAUUUAAAGAAAAUGAAGAUAAAACCACCUUAUACCUCUGCUGCGACAUAAAUGUGAUGAAGCGAAUUUUAAAUGAACAAUUAUGCGAGCAAUUCCGUGUGUACAAUGUAGCUCACUCGACUGAUCAUUAUGAUCAAGUAACAGAGGCUGAUAGAGCAAGCAACCAACAGAUGUAUGGUUAUCAUAACAGAUCAUUCAUAGGUAACUUAUCCCUGAACCUUAGCGACAUAGAAGAUGACAUAAGUAAAGAAAAAAGAAAUGAGGGGGGUUCGAAUAAUAAUAACAAUUUUAACAUACUCAAUGAUGAUAAUUUAUCGAAGAAUUACAUUGGAACUAAUUCCAAGGGAAUCUCCUUCCUGUCAACGCGAAAACUCCUUUGCAGGAAGGGCAAGGAACAUUCUUUACGUCCAUCUAGUGGGAAGGAUAUAAAGGGUGGCAGAGGGGAGGCAGGCAUCUCUUUCUUGUCCUCAGAAAUUAAGGACCAGUACAGCGAGGAGGAGGAUCAAUGUGGUAAAAACAGUUUCCUCUUUCAGAAUUUUAAAUACCCAGGGGGAAAGAUAGUCAGCCAAGAUGGACCCAAUAGUGACGACCCUGAUGCUGUAAACGACAAUGCCUUCUAUCGCUCAAGUUACAACAAAACAGAUGAGAAGUCGAGUAAGCAACCCCUUUGGGGAGAGAAGUACUCCUCACAGGUAGGAUUGGAACCGACAAGGACAAAAACCACUGGUGUAUUAUCAUCAAAUCGAAUCGCCUCCAUCCGCGUGACGUGCCCAUAUGCAAUUAAAAAUUUUGUAAACGAUAGCGAGGAAAAUUGUUCGGAACACAUCUUAAAAAAGAUCAGGCGAAAUGAGCACUUGGCAGAGCAGCACAUCAACCUUAGGAGGUUAAGCCAAGUAGAGAGGGAAAAAAUAUAUUUAAUAAAAAGGGAAUUGAAAUUAAGAGAGUAUACGAAUUUGGAAGACCUGUGUGAUUACAUCAACUUCAUUGUAAGAAUAAGCAAAACGAAUAACGUAAUUGGUCGCGCUUUGAGCACGCAUUGUUGUGUUCUUCUUUUUAAUCACAGAAUCCCUAUUUUUUCGAUACUCUUUAAUCACAUAUAUAGUAUUAUGAACCAGUUAAAAAAAAUAAACAUGUAUAACACGAAUAAUAACGAUGAUGAGACAAGCAUAUGCAUGAACAAAAUAAACUUCUACUCAUUCUAUUCCUACAACAGCACCCAACUCAGUAACAUUUUUUACACUUUCAAUAAGGAGAUUUACCUCUUGAAAGAAAUAUCCAACUUUUUCUCCUUCCUCUUGGAUAUUUUCCACCUCUGCUUUUUUAACAGCUAUAAAAAUAAUUACAAUAGAUUAAUAAAAUUGAUUUACUUACCAUCCAAGAAAUUCCUUGAUAUCCUAUACGACCUGAUCCGUAACCUGAAUGAGGUUCUUCCCCAGGAGCUAAUUCGCUGUGUGGUCAAAGUAUCUGCCACUAUUUUCCGAGGCUAUGCUUAUGUGCUCUUCGUGUUCUUUAACAAGCACGCCAUUUUGCACAGUGAAAAAAAUGCACACAUGGUAACCUCCUCAGAUGAAAGAUCAAAUGGAUGCCCACAUUUUCAACCAAAGGAGUAUCUCUUCAUACAAAAGAAUCGCAAUACACAAGAACAAUUCACUUCAUGUGGAGAUGAGCAAAAGGAGAAUAAUAUCAGAAGUACUAGCAACGAUUCCUUCCUCAACCAAAACGUCUUCCUUUCAUGCCCUAAUUACGUAAAAUAUAUUAAAUUUUUUAUGCAAUAUUAUGCCGAAUUAAUAAACACGAAAAAUGUUAUAGACGAUGAGAACAAAAAAAAUGUGCUCUAUAAAUAUGCUCAUUACGUGGAUCUCAAAACGGUACACCUAUGCUUGAUAAAUAUUUACGAAAUUGUGAAGAACCGGGUUUUCUUUUUUUUCUCCUUCUUCAAAGUUCAGAGAGGGUUAGCCAACUUAUUCUUUAGGUACAUACACAGGUGCAAAAGUAGAAGAGGAAGUGGCCCACUCCUCUUUAGCACAGAGUAUGGGGGGAGUAUACAAAGGAGUGGCGCGGAAACACCCCAACUGCUACUCUCGUCAACCCAAUCCGAAGAAACAGAAAUGGCGUUCAUUCACCUGUUCGACUUCUACCUAAAACCAAACAAACAUAUGAACCUCUCCUACCUCCUCGAGUUUUUCUCCUGCUUGUGCAACGUUAUCCAAGACAUGAAUUACAAAAUUAUUGAGCUCUAUGAAUACAUAAAUGUAAUAGAUAUAAUAAUAAAUAUAAUUUUUCGGAUUGUUGAUUACAACUUUAAUUCUCUCUUCAUUCUGCACCACUUGGUCUCCCCCGAUACAUCAUCAGUCACUCGACACGUAAACAGGGUGCUCCGGAUGCACCGAAUCGAGCGACUUCGCGAAACAGGAGAAAUCAAUAAUUCUCAGCAGAGCAAUUACACGGGCACCCAAUUUAAGGAUAAAAACGCAAACAAAGAAAACGCUUUUGAAGAGAAAAAGAAGACAAUGCUCCUACCUAAUGUGGAUAACUUCAAGAGAAACUUCCUAUCUGGUCUUUUGAACAGUUUAGAAAAUCUGCAUCUCUGUAUGAACAGAAAACUGCAUGACCAAUCGCAGCAAGUGGACCCAUUUAACGAUCCCAGUGGAGACAACGUUCAAAGCGGAAAGAGAGGAGACGAGUGUGGUGAUGAGUACACAAGAGGCACAGACACGAAUGCAAUUAAGCUAGAUGACCAAGCAGCGACGCAACCCACGUAUAUUAAUACAAACACUCCUAACAGUUCCGUCGGAACAAACGAUGCAGAACCCCCCUUGCACCUCCUCUCAAUUGCCCUUUUAAAUCUUAUCAAGAAAGUGAAGUUGGUAAAAGAACGAGUACUCACUUUGAAUGCAUCCUUCGUGCCCACUAUCACGUUCAAGACAUUUCUCCUUUUCGUUUGCUACGAUAUGAGUGAAUUGAAGAAUAUUUAUCGAGCACAAACUGCGAAGAGAAACCUCUCAUCGGUAUAUAUACCGGGGGGAGAAGCUAACAACAAAAGGAGACGACGCAAUGGGGAAGACGAUGGGGUAAAUGCUGAAGUGGAUAACGAUGGUGAGCGUGAGGAGGAUGAACAAUCGAUUGCCGUCAAGGAGGAAAACACUAGUGAGGAUCGAUCGGCCAACAAUGACCCUGCGACGAACUGUGAUCCUGCAACAAGCAAUGAUCCUGCAACGAGCAAUGAUCCUGCCGCCAUCCACACGAAGGAUUGCGCCUCCCUCUGCUACCCCAUAUUCAACGACGCCAACGUGACAAUAAAUACCCAAUUCCUGUUUAAAAAACUGAGCGAUGUUUUUUACGCUCCAAAUGUCCUGAACAAAGUUACCAAGUCGUUUGAGUCCCAUCAACACAUAGACGACAACUACCUUCUCACGGUGAAGAACAUGAAUGCGAGUAUUUCCAUCCCCUCCGUAAAUAAAAGAUUGUAUGACCACUGCUCUCACCUCUUUGCUGACAUUCAGUCGAAGGUAUAUCUAAAUGAAAACGACCAGGACAGAAACAGCUUUACUCUCUUUAACAUAUCACAGGAAAGUAAGUCCAAGGAAAUCGACGAACAGCAUGCACUGUACAAUUACAUAACCUUACUGAAAGAAGAAAAGAACAAAUUGCAAAAGAAAAAAAUGGAUGCCAAAAAUGCACAGGUUGUUCAAACAAAAGGGGGCAAACAAUAUAAGAGGGGUGACAAAAACACCUUUGAAGACCACUUCCGAAACAGAAAAACUGUGUCCUCUCGGGCCCCCUCCAAGCACGUGGAUGAUUACGAAGCUAACAAUGCCGCUAACAAUUCCGCUAACAAUGCCGCUAAUAGUGCCAAUAAUAGUGCCAAUAACAAUGCCGGCAGUAGUGCAACCCCAAAUGAUAGCAACAAUAACCUAAACGGAAAGGAAAACGAAAAAGAGAAUGUAAACGAAAAUGAGCAAGCCGUUAGAGAAAAUAACGACAUGUCUCUUGAGAGCACCACCAGAGGGGACAUCGUCAGUGGGCAAAAAGGAGCAUCCAAAAAUGCACCCACAAAGCAUAUGCCUACACAGGAUAAAAACAAAAUGAACAGAACUACCAAUCGGGUCUACAAAACGAAUACCAGCAACAACAGCGGCUUUGAUGGUAUUGGUAAUGGCAUCAACGGAAACGAAAUCGUGGGGACACCCAUUAGCAUGAAUGUGGUGAAGAAUGAUAUUUAUGCUUCUAAACCUGGGGAGAGGACCAACAGAAGAAACAACCAGAAGGCCCCCGGCAGAAGGCGCGCAGAUGGUUACGGGUCGGCUGGUGCUAGGGGCGAGUAUCAACAGGAGGCGAAUUAUGAUGCCAAUUAUGAUACAAACCACGACGUAAAUCAUGACGUAAAUCAUGACGUAAAUUAUGACGUAAAUCAAGACGUAAAUAAUGAUCCCCAAUACGAUCCCAACUAUGACGCUAAUUAUGACCCCAACUAUGACCCAAGUUACGAUCCCAAUUACGACCCAAACGUAGACCGCCAUGACGACUACGACCAGUACGGUCCACGAGAUGAUCUGAACAGACGUGCCUACGACAUGGAUGGAGAAGAACAAAACCCGUAUGAUCCCGUGAACAAUUAUUCCAAUGAAAAUAAUUUGGCAAUGAAUUCUCCUAACGGACCACGUCACCAUCCCAACGACCUCUACGACGAGAAUCACGCCUUCCAGAGUUAUAACAGUAGGAAUGAUAUAAACAGGGAGGGUAUGGAAAACAACAUGAACGCGAAUGACUAUCACAUAACUUUGCAAAACGAUGAAAAUUUUGACGUAGCGUAUGGAAGUCAAUUUUCUAACCAUACAGAAAGUAAGACCAGUGGUAAUGCCAACGUGAGUAAUGACAUAGCCAGUAACAUCAAUCUCGAGCAAGAAAACGAAAAUGAGGAAGCCAAUCAAGUGGCCAAUAAAAAUUCUCAUUUUGAAGAUUGCACUUGCUACAAAUUCAAUUUAGUUGGAUGGAAAGAGUUUUCAGAAGAUGGUCAUAAAAACGAUUUGGACGUUUGUAAAAUUGUCAACAAGCCCGUUCUACUUAGGGACCCCAGAAUUAAAAUGAAAUUUCUGAAAAUUCUGGACAGACAUAAAAAUAUAAAAGAUAUAUUUAAGAAGCUCGGUGUUGACAUCAAGUGA